AAAAAAACUGAUAAAUAUAUACUUUUAUCUAUUUUCUUCUUCUUCUUCUUCCAAGUACAGUAAUUAUGGAUACAAAAUUAGUUAAAAGUCUAUCGUUUAAUAAAAAAGUAGACAAGUCUAAUGCAAAGAAUAUCUUUACAAGGUUAGGCAGUCCUUUUAGUACAAGAUCAACACCUGUCACACCAGUAGAAGAAUCACCUCAACAACAUGAACAUAAUGAUUAUUUACCACCAGAUUCAUCAACAAAAACAGCUUCUUCUGAGGAGAAACAAUUAUUAAAUGAUCUUAAACAUAUUCGUACUGCAUUGGACUAUUUCUUAAAUUCAAAUAUCAAUGAAGCAGAAACUAUUUUGAAACCACAUUAUAAAGAAUCCAUGUAUUAUUCAUUAGGAUAUUCAUUCAUUUUAUAUCUCAAAUGUGUCAUGACUUUCCAACAAGAUGAUAUUGAUACUGCAUUAGAUGUAUUAAAACAUACAAUCCAACUUGCUAACAAUCAACGUAAAAAGGAAGGCGGUUGGUUAAAUAGUGUUACAAGUUGGGUAAAAGGGACUACUUUAGAAGAUAUCAAAAAUAUGAACAUUGUAGAAAGACAUGCUGAAUUGGUCUAUGCAGAAGCUUAUCUUUUAAAAGCUUUACUUAGUAUUCUUCGUGAUGAAAGUGUCAUGUCGUUUCUUCGAGAAAGUUUAAAUAUUCGUAGUAGCUAUAGCACCUAUAUUGCACUUCAAAGAUAUGUGGAAUAUACUAAAAAUAAUAAUAGUACAGUCGUAUUAGAUAGCGACUUUACUUCGGGGGUUGCCUUAGGUAUUGGUUGCUUCAGUAUCAUCCUUUCAAUGCUACCUACUUCCGUUGUCAAAGUAGCGGAGUUUAUCGGGUUUACUUCUAACCGGGUAGAGGGACUUCAGAUCCUUGAAUCUGUUGGUGGAUGGGGGGCUGCUGAUGACGAUGAUACUACUAUGGAUAAUAAAGGUUUACGUCGUCAGUUAUGUGAUAUGGUACUUAUGGCCUAUCAUAUCCUUUUAUCCAAAUUAAUUCCUCUUUCUGAUGUCGAUAUUCCAUUCGCAGAAAGAAUUUUAAAAAACAGUUUAAAACUUUAUCCCCAUGGUGUCUUCUUCUUAUACUUUAAUGGUCGUCUGAUGGUCGGCAAAAGAAAGUUAGAUGAAGCUGAAGAACAAUAUCAAUUAGCGAUUGAUACACAAAAGGAAUGGAAACAGUUACAACACAUGUGCUUUUGGGAAUUAGGUCUUAUUUAUCUUAUGAAACAUGAAUGGCAGAAGGCUUAUGAUCUCUAUAGUAUCCUUCAAAGAGACUCUAAUUGGUCUAAAGCCGUCUACAGUUAUCUAAGGGCUAUCUCAUUGUAUAUGAUGGCUAAUGAAAUAAAUGAUAAAGUAAAAAAGACAAGUUGUCUGGAACAAGUGACUAAAUACAUGAAUCAAGUCACUGGUGAGAAACAAAAGAUUGCUGGUAAAUCCAUUCCAAUAGAGAAAUUUGUUGCUAGGAAAGCAAGAAAAUUUACAAGUCAAAAUAAUUAUCUCUUAUUACCUGACCUUGAGAUAUUAAACGCGUUUGCAGCCUUUGAUUUUAUUCCAAUGGAUAUUCUACAAAGGAAUAGAAAAAGGAUUAUGAAUGAACUCGAUCAUUUAACAAAUAACCAAGAUAAAAUCAUGAAUUAUUAUGAUGAUCUUUGUUUAGCUCAGUAUUUACAUGCUAUAACUUGUCGACAACUCUAUGAACUAAAAGAGAGUGAUAUGAAUACAAUCCAUACACUUCAUGAAUCCUCUCUUCAAUCUGUAUUUGAUCAUGCAGAUAAAAUAACACUUGAUCAUUAUAUUUAUUAUUUCAGUCGUUAUGAACAUGCUUGUAUGUUUAUGUUGGAUAAAGAUUAUACUAAAGCUGAAUCUGAAAUCCAAGUGAUACUAAAGGCAAAUGAUCGUGGACAAUACAGCGUUGGCUCUGGCCCUCAUGCGAAGAAUAAAUACAGUCUUGCAAGUGCUCUAGUUCUCAAAUGCCAUAAUCUAAUGACUAAAAUUAAAUAUGAGUCUAAAAAUUAAUUUAUUUAUUAUGAUAGGUUAGUCAUCUUUAUUAUAUACCAAGCAUUUACUUUUUUUUAAAAAAAAA